AUGAGUAAAAAGGAGCCAGCGACUGUCAAGAAACGUCGAGCGAAGAGUUCCAAAUCUAGGAGGGGCUGCUAUACAUGCAAAGUUCGACGUGUGAAGUGUGACGAAACGAAGCCGAUUUGUGUGCGAUGCGGAAAAACUGGGCGCCUCUGUGAAGGGUUCGGUUACAGCAAGCCUCUGCUCAAUCACCAAGACCAUCGUGCGGAUCAUCUAUCUCCUAUAUCAUCUAGAACGUUUCAAACGAAAGAUGAAUAUCGGCAUUUUGAAUAUUUUCGCCAUCAUGCCUUGCUUUAUCUGACAGGGUUUGACAACCAGUCCAGAUUUUGGAACGAGACAGUCCUCCAACUCAGCGAGGCUUCGCCAGCCGUGCUCCAUGCAGUGCUUGCUCUUAGCGCGCUUUAUGAGCAUCUCGACGGUAGCUCUAAAGGCGAGCUGGCUCCCGAUAAACUCGCCCUUCAGCACUAUAACAGGUCUAUCAAGCACUUACGACAGGCUCCAUCUUCCCAUCCUAUCGAAUUUGCUUUGACCUCGUGCAUACUUUUUAUCGCCUUUGAGAGUGCGCGAGAUGAUCAUAAAAUGGCGCUCUUUCACCUACAAAACGGCCUCAGCAUCAUGAAUGAUUGGCGAACAAAAGAAGUCAAGUCUUUUGAAAGCUGCCAGACUCGAGAAGACAUAUCAGAGAUGCUUCGACGCUUGGAUAUGCAGGCUACAACCUUUUUGAACUCUCGGCAGCCAUAUUUGGCCGCUACUGUCGACGUUGAAUUACUAGAUAACAAUUCUGGCUCAUCAAUGUUAUUUUCUAGUCUUCGCAGUGCCCAAUUAUCACUAGACAAAAUUGAGAUUCGGCUAUUCUACAUCCUUACGACAAAAUCUUCAACAAUGCAGCUGCCGUGGGCAGGAUUUAGCAAUUGUGCGACUUCGAGGCAGGUCUUACUCCAGGGAAUAAAAGCACGAUUUGCCCAAUGGAAAAAGGCUUUUGAUGACUUCUCUGAGCAUGAAGCAAACAACAUGAAUGCAAGAGAUUUAAAGCUGCUGCUACUGCUAGAAUUACAUUAUCAGACAACAUCUCUUAUGCUUGAUCUCCAAGGUGAUAUCAGCUCUGUAUCAUCAUCCUCCAACGCACAAUGCACUAGAAUCAACGAGUUGUCGAAAAAUCUGAUACUAGCAUCAUCUAAUCCCAAAUCGACGUUCUUAGUUGACACAGGCAUAAUUGCUCCUUUAUAUUUUGCAGCUACAACCACGUCUUGCGUAUUUAUACGACAGCAAUCUCUCGACUUGCUUCGUUCUAUAACCUGGAAAGAAGGACUUUGGGAUUCUAGAAUUGUUGUGCAAAUUGCGGAGCAUUUAUCAGUGGUGGGGAAAUCUGGUUUAGUGAGAACUGCUGUUUCUGGAGGAGUUCCAGAGCUUGCUGAUAUGUUUUUGUUAGCGCCAGACCCGGCACGCAGGUCUAGAUUUUAA